AAACAGAACUAAUGUCAAAAACGUCAUCGAUCGGCGUCUCAAUAAUAAAAUGGCGGCCGCAGAGAUCCAAGUUGUAAAUCCAUCAAAUUUAGCGAAAAUAGAAAGUUUCCUCAAUGAUCCGAGCUACAAGGAGAUUAUUGAGAACUCUUCGACAUUCAAUUCGCGACUAUGUGCCGAACGGAGAAUGCGGAUGCCUUUUAUCGACACCCAAACGGGUGUUGCACAGAGCCAUUCCAAUUUAUUUAUGACCAGAAAACAGAGAAUGCCUGGUGCAAGAGAGGGACAAGUCUACACAUAUCCAUCGCAGAGAUGGAGGAAAACUCGCAGACAAUAUCUAACAAUGUCUUCCACAAGGUGGGGCUGGCACACUUCGGAUGCUGCAGAGAAUACUGGCGACGGUGAGAAUAGCUCUGGCUUACCAGAAGGACUUAUUGGUGAUGAGAGCAGAGAUGGAUCACAGAGUGCCGUUAAAGAUGAUCCCAAGGAAUGGUUCUACGAUGAAUUAGCAAUUGAAGAGAUGGAGACAGGCGAGGAGCCGGACCCGGAAUCAGACGAGGAUUAUUAUGACGACACAUACGCGAACAGGCGCAAGCGACGCGGAGUCGCGCCCACAGGCCCAGGCUCCAGAGGAGGAAGAACUAGGAAGUCUCAGCCUGAUGAUACACCGGUUAAGAGAGGACGAGCGGGUCGUGGUCGUAAACGCGCGGGCGCGCCGUCCCUCCUGCCGUACGAGGUCGCCGGCGACGCGGAGAAGCCCUUCGGAUGCGAACUGUGUGGUGCAAAGUACAAAACGCGCGCAGGGUUGAUCUACCACUUUAACCACACGCACAAAGACGGCGCGACGACGAGCGCGCCGCCCGCCGCGGGCAGCGACAACGACUCGCGCGACAGUCGCGCCGCGCACUCGCCGCCCGCGCCGGCGCAGCCCGCCACCGAGUACCAGGACAGCUACGUGACAUUUCUGAACAAUCCUGGCGGAGGAACUCCUGCAGCGGCAGCAGCAGCGGCGCCACCGCCCCCCGUCCGCAAGCCGUCGCCGCCGCCACGGCCAGCGUCCGCCGACACGUCGUCGUCGGACUCCGCGCACGCGCCGCUGGUGGCGCCGGGCACGGCCGCAGCCGCCGCCGCCGUCGUGGUCGCGCCCACCACCAGCACCGCGCCCGAGCUCAUGAAGGAGCCCGACACUAAGGCGUCACCGUCACCGUACUGCGACUUCUGCCUCGGCGACGACCGCGAGAACAAGAAGACCGGCACACCGGAGGAGUUGGUCAGCUGCUCCGACUGCGGACGAUCAGGUAAGCGCCGCGGCCGGCCGCCGCGCAACGGCACGACCAAGUGCUACCACCUCGCCAACAGGGUCUGCGAGCGGCACAAACACCUCAGGGACAUCAAACUCAACGGCGUGGUGGAGAUCCUCACCUCCAUGUCCUACCCGGCGGAGGACUUCGACACGUUCGCGUCCAAGACUAAACUGUUGGAGAACUGUGAGUACGCCAUGUCGCCGCCCUCCUCGCGCCAGAGUCCCUCGCACGAGGAGCUCAUGGUCAACGGGUCGAAUGUUAGCGGUUAAACUAUGUAGCUAGGGGAAAUGUUGGAUGCGCGUUUUAAUGUUUUUUUUUUUUGUAGUACUUAUUUUUUUCAUGUGUGUGUGUCAGAGGUGCGCCUGUGUAUAUAUAGGGGACAAAGUAAGGUCAUAAAUAGUCACGUGUCACUGGUGUACAGUGCCCGCCACCGAGAUAUUGUGUUUGUGAAGUUAGCAACAAAUGGUACAAACGACGAGCCGGCUAGACGCGACCGCGCAUCUAUACUCGUUCCGCAGCUAACUUCACAAACAGAAAGAUCCGUGGCGAGCAUUUUAUCUGACAUUUGACGUCCGUAGCCAAUUCAUUGGAUUUCGCCCCAUAAUAUUUUUUUUUAAUGUUCGAUUAGUUCUGGUGGCCUUACGGCUGGGGCGCUCCUCCUUCGAGCCUUGGGCUCGUGGCAUUUGGCCAACCAUGUAAUUGGACCACUGACAAUAUAGUCAUAUAUAAAGGCAGAAAAUUGAAAAAAAUUUUGUAUUACAUAAUUGAUUAAAAACUAUAAUGGAACUUAUAGCUAAAAAAUAGUAUUUAAUCAUAAAAUGUGUAGUUUCUUUAUUUUUUUAAUAUUACCACAGAGUAAUAUUUAAAACGCAUAACGAUUUAUCUGCAUCUAGUAAAUUCAAAACUAAAGGUUUUUCACCCGGAUAUUUAUUGCACUUUAAAGAUGAAAGCAGUAAAAUGUAGAUUUAAAAAUGAAUUACUGUUUGUUUUUUACUUGUUGUAAAAGUUAUAUUAUAUCUAAUUUCUGUAAAUUUUUUGACCAUGACUGUUAAAUUCCCUUUUAUUGUUAGCCAAACAAAGGUACAUUCAAUUUCUCUUUUAUAAUAUGACACAUGAUCCUCACAAACAGAACGUUUUUAUACAAUAUGUAUUAAUUAGUUUUGGCUAUGAAAUAAAAGUUCUGGUAUAUUAUAUAUGUUAUGUUGUUAUAAAAAGUUUAUUAUUAUUACUAGAUUUAUUGAUUACUUAUUUACAAAAAAAAUAUAUAUAUAAAUUUUUAUUUUUACUAUUGGUGCUUCUAUUUUUUCUAUAAUUCAUAGAGUACCAAAUAUUUUCAAAAUGACUAAUACAAUGUGUAGUCUCCUAUAUGUGAGAUGUAUUUAACAAUCUUUGGAACAUAUUACUAAGAAAAGGCGCAUCUACGCGAGUAUAUUUAUAUGUAUCGGUCAACGUUUAUUUAGAUUUGUUUAGAUGUCACAAAAUGUGUGCUGCAUCACUAAUAUACUCAGAGGCACAAUUAUCCGCCCACUUUAAUAUACUCGCGUCAUAUUAAAGAGGGCGGAUAAUUGUGCCUCUGAGUAUAUGUGCGUGGUAUUUUUUUUUUCUCUUCAUAGCUUCUUACCAAAGAGGUUCGCUCGCUUCAGUUAUGUGGAUACAUUCCAAGUCAUAAUCAUUUAGUGAUAGGAUUUUAUUGUAUCUAAUGACAUAUCUACAUUUUAUAUCUAGGUUAGAGUAAUGCAAUUUGAAUGACAAACUAUUUUGUUUUUAAAUGUUAAGGUUAACAGUGCCUUUCAGUCUACGGCAUAGGUUCUCAACGUGGGCGAUACGUCCACUUGUGGGAUUCUCAGAUUAUCAGGGGCCAGUAGAGAACCCAGAGGAACAUAGAGGGCAUUGAGACGGCACAUAAAGCAGUUAGCAGUUUGAUUUGAUUAAAAUAAUAAAAUAUUAAAAUAUAUAAUAGUUUAAAAAGAAGAAACCCAACAAACCUACAUUAUUAUUUAUUAUGAGUGCGUAUGAAAAUUAAGAUAUUACAUGAAAAAUUAACCAAAAGAUUUUAUAUUUAGAUUUACAUUAUUAAAGUGAAUGAUGUGAUUUUUAAGAGCAUAAUUAAUUGAGUGUUUCGAAUAAAGAAAUAUUCUCAAAGGCAAUAUAAGUUGGGCAAUUGGGCACAAUACGGUUGAGAACCUGUGGGCUAUUAAGUCUGGUAUACAUUAUUACGGACUUGUGAUCUUAAUGUUGCCAUGUUUUUCUGUGUAAUGACCGUGGAUGCCAAAUAAAUUUACGAUUUGUUGUUAUAUUAUCUGUUUUAACGUUUAUAGAUAUGGAAAAGGCAAUUGCGUUUGUGUCUUGCGGCCGGGGGGGUUGUUUUUCAUGAAUGUAUGGAGGGGUUCCUUUUCAUGAAUGUAUGGAGGGGUUCCUUUUCAUGAAUGUAUGGAGGGGUUCCUUUUCAUGGAUGUAUGGAGGGGUUCCUUUUCAUGAAUGUAUGGAGGGGUUCCUUUCCAUGGAUGUACGGAGGAGUUCCUUUUCAUGAUUGUAUAGAAGGGUUCCUUUUCAUGAAUGUAUUACUAAUUUAUUUUUGCAUGGCACAUGGCACAAUGGUACGCAUUGUGUAUUAUUGUCACUUUUCAGAGUGACGUCACGUGUUUCGCUUCUUAGACGCUACACAAGCUCAUUUGUGUGAAUGUGUGAAAAUAAUUUACAUUUACUGAAUGUAAGAAAAUAAUAGUCUACCCUCCCUACCUAUCCAUCCCUACCGAUAUGUACUGUUUACCACAAACAUAUUAAAAAUUAGGGUAUAAAACACUAGUCAUUUCACACCUAAUAAUAAUUAUAAUUAACUUGUUCUUAAAGUAAUGAAAAUAUGUUGGAUUAGUAAGCUUAGAACAAUUAGAUAGUUAAUAUAUUUUGAAUAGCAUUUUAUAAACAAACUAUAAAUAAUUUAUAUCAAUUGAGCUAUGAAUUAUAACAAUUGAGUUAUGAAGUGGCAUGUUUUUUCUAACUUCAUUUUUAAUUUGUUUGUUUAUAAACAGUACACAUCGAGUAGGGCUAUGGUAUAAACAUGUUACGUGUUUAAUUGCUUACCUACAUAUCAUAAAUAUCGUUUUAAUUGAAGCAAUAAUUGUUAAUAUAAUGCAAAUCAAAAGGUUAUUUGUUUAUUAUAUAUUUUUAUAAGUAGCAAAAAACAGCUAUUUUUUUUAAUUAGACCAAUCAAAACUUGAUUUGUCAGGACUUGGAAGUACAAUAAAAUCAAUUAAAAUAAGAAGGAACAGAUUAGUUGGUUGUAAAUCAAAAAACUAAAAAAAAUAGUUGCUUAAAAUUAUUCUGUAGGCCUAUGUGUAAAAUCUGGACAAGAGAAAAAUAUAUUGUCGACCAAUAGCGACGGAGUCGAAAAUAUCACUCUCUUUGUCGUUGCAAUGGGACGAAAGAGAGAGCACGCUACUGACAAUGUAUUUCUCUACAAGAUAUCUCGUAGGGUGCAUCUUGGGCCUACUUGUUGCUUCUAUUCAUUUUCAAAAAAUUUCAGGCGAUCAAUUGUCUUCAAUUAAUAGAAUGUGCCUUGCGUUUAUAAACUUUAUGAUCAUAUUGUAUAUAGUAUUGCUUUAUACAUGUCGUUUAUAUACAAUUGAUGUAUAUUCAUUUAAUACUUUUUCCCUAUAGAAACUAUUCGUUUCAGUUUAAAAAGCUGUGUGUAUCAACAUUGUACACGCCCAUGAAGUGGCAUAUUUCUUUUAGAGUUCAUUUCAUAGGGAGUAUUUAACACGUUAGCUGCGACACUGAUUAUCUGUACUUUUCCCUGGCGCGGUACGAGGUUUUUUGACCUCGUACUAAAACUUUCUGUUGCGCGGAUCGAGGUUGAUCGACCUCUUAACUUUUGAAAACGCUAAAAUCCUUUUUUGCUUGUACGAGGUCAAUUGACCUCGUGCCGCAGCGAACGUGUUAAUGAUUUUGAUGUUUACUAAUUUGGUUUUGAUAGGAAUUGUUUGAAAACAUCUGUUUGCCCAGAGCGGUGAUAUGUGUAAAAAUAUUUUGCUCUGGUCUCAAAAUAAUAUAACUUUAAUGUACUACGUAUAAAGAAGUUUCACUCCAUAAAUUAAAUAUACUUCGAUAACUUUGUGCUCCCAACUAAAAACUGCCCUAAAACCAAAAAGAUCCUAGCUUAUCUAGUCAUUGUAGCUCCAAAACUAUAUUUGCAUCAACUAUUGUGGAUUGUUUUAUUGUGAGGCAGAGUCAGAAAGAACUAAUUUUUCCAUAAAAUAUUCCCACACUCGGAAACGUGUCUGAAUAGAGUGACUCGAUACAUGAAAAAAAAUAAAUAAAAAAAAGUCUUAUAAGAUCGAAUGUAAUAUUUUAAAUUAUAUCUCUCGUCUUGCUCUAUUGAAGGACUUUUUGAGCGAUAAGAAGGGAUAGAGUUAUAAGAGAAGGUGCGCCUGUGUGCGUUUUUAGUUUUGUAUUAUUAAUUAAUAUAUACGUGUUUUAUGAAGAUUAUUUAAAAAUGAUAAUUACUUAAUAAUUCUUUUUUUAUUUUUGAAAUGUGCCAACGAAAUUAGGCAAAGCUAACCAAAAAUUUAUUUAGAGAGAAUUGAAAUUGCUAAUCUACAAGUGUUUGAGGGCUCAAGAACAAAAUAUAAAUGGCAUAAGAAUAAAAAUGAGCAAUAUUAUACAUUUUUAGAGCUUCAAAGUGCCUUUACCAUCGUCUCUAAAUGCAUAACCCAAAGAUUUGUAACAAAAACAAAAAAAAAAUUGUUGUAAAAACUAAAAUUUGAUGUUGUAGUUUUAUCAUAUAAAAAUCAUUCCUAUAAUUUAUUACCGUUUUUUCUUAAUAAAUUUUUAAUAAAUAUGUUGUAUACCUUAGUUAUAGUUAAAUAUAUUUUAAGAGCUGAGUAACCAAAUUUUAACUGGAUAAUUGACGUCUUGUCGGUAAGAACGACGUCACUGAAAUGACUAACGUUACAUUAAAUCAAUGUGGGGAAACAUUUUUGGUAAUUACCCUCACUUUAAUGUAAAAGAAAAAAAAUAUGUUCAAUUAUCCACCACAAUUAAUUAUCGACAUAUUAUUUUUAAUUCGGACUGUUGUUAAGCUUAUAAAUAAUUUAAUAAUAUAAAUUGAAUAUAGAUUUUAGGUUAGAAAAUGCAGUAUAGCUUGUUAUUGCAAUGAUAUUGAAAGAAUAUACAUACUAUAUAUUAAUAAAUCGCGGUUAACUGUCAAUUCAAAUAAUAUGCCUGUAUGCAAAAGCGACCCGGUUUUGCGUAAAGGCAUAUUAUUUUUCAUUUUCAAAAUCAAUUUCAUUCAUAAUAUUACGAUGUGUAAUGAUCUAUUUCGUGAUUAUUUUAAUCAUACAUAUGCGUCUGGAUUUAUUUAUAAACUUGUUUAUUGUAUUUUUAUGCUUUAUUUUAAUAUGAAAUUUUCUCAAAGUAUUCAUUGUUUUUCUUGAUUUAAAUAUAAUGUACUAAAAUAUGUAAUGUCUAUAUUUAAUUGUAGAAUGUGCUGUAGUAAAGAUUUUCUAUGAUUUCACGGUGCCUUAGGAAGUGCAAUUUGUUGUAUAAUAUGCUAUGGUGUUUGGACGAGACUCAUGUGAUACAGUUUGAUUUGAAAAACUUAUUCGUUAUGCGGAAUUAACGGUAAAGCAAUGUUAUCCAUUGUAUGGAGCUCAAACUUCGUCCCAAAUAAAUUAUUAAUAACUAACCUCUUUUCCGCAAAUAUUGGAAAAACAAGAAAGAAAAAAAACAACAUCUUCCAUUGCAUUUAUUCAUAAAAAAAAAAUAUUCAAAGAUACCUCUUAAUUUUAUGCACUAAAACUUCUACAUUUCGACGAUUAAUGCGGAUUUUAAUAAAACAACUCUAACUGUUUCAAAUGAAUUUCGUUUUACCAAUACAUCUAAAAGAGAAAAAAUAAUGGAUAUAAAUAUAAAUAGUUAAGCAGUUUUGAUUUUUACGCAAAGUUUAAAGAUUACAUAGUUUGUUUGUUACCAUUGCUGAAAAUGAUUUUUAUUUUAUUGUUACAUGUAUGGUUAUUAGUUAUUAAUGAUUUUAUACACAACAUAAAAGAAAAGCAAUGUAUAUUGCAAGACAUAUUAUUCGCUAAGACAAUUACAAGUUAUUUUGAUUUUUAUUUUGUUAAACUCAAAAACAUUUUAUAAAGUAAAUAGGGUGUGACGUAAAUAAAGUGAUCUACCAAAUACAUGUUUUAGAAAGAUACAUUGUCUGUGUUACUAUAAUUUAAUGUUGCUAUAUAUAAAUAUAAUACGAUGCGUUUUUAGUUUAAAAAGUAUCAUAAAUGCUAGUACGGAAGUGCAUACAUGCUUUACUAUUAUUAUAAUUGCUACUUCUAACAUAGUAAGAUAGCGACGUCAAUGAUUGGGUUAUGCCUGGCAGCCAUUUUGGAUAACUCUUUUUUUUUUAAUAAAUAUAACAGUGUUGCCAAACGGUAAGUUAUCUAUAAUUGUUUUGUUAUGAUUCGACAAACAAAAUACAAUACAAGAGGAGGAAGGAGGAGAAGGCGGCUUCCGCGGUGGAUUUACAACACUGAAUUCCUGGGUUCGAUCCCCAGCUGGACCGAUUGAGAUUUUCUUAAUAGGUCCAGGUCUGACUGGUGAGGGUUCGGCCGUGGUUAGUACCACCCUACAGGCAAAGACGUACCGCCAAGCGAUUUAGCGUUCCAGUCGUGUAGAAACCGAAAGGGGUGUGGAUUUUCAUCCUACUCCUAGCAAGUUAACCCGCUUCCGUCUUAGAUUUAAUCAUCACUUACCAUAAGGUGAGAUUGUAGUCAUGGGCUAACUUGGAGAGAAUAAAAAAUAGGAACUCCUCUGGUGUUGCAAAACUGUCAAUGGGCGGUGAUUAUCGCGUAACAUUAGGUAUGGCGUUUGCUCGCAAUUUAAUAACCCAACUAAAAAACAAUACCAUUUACCUUUGUUCAAUCCUGCAGCUUUAACUGUAUAGUUUAUUCUAAUGAUUUUGAUUAUAAUUUCGAUUACAAAAAAACUGUACAGUUAAAAUGAACGUCUGUAGCCCGCAUUUCAUCCAAUAAUGACGUGCCAUUUUGAAUUGUAAUAUCGCUUAUUAUAAUGUCAAACGGCAGUCGAGAGCUAAACUAUCCGUGAAUAAAAAAAAUAUACAAUAGUCUAGGGAUAGUAAAUGCAGAUUGUAACUCCAAUUUUAUUGUUUAUGGGAUUCUCUUGCUUAUGGAACGUGUAAUUUGAAUUAGAUAAGAUACAAAAAAAAUAAUGUCUGUCAGCCAUUGCCCAGUCAAUGAGUCGUAUCGUAUCAUUUUGACCUCAUUUAUUUUAUUUGUAGAACACCGUGGAAAUGUUUAAUAUAUUAAAAUGUAUGUUCAAAAGACAA